AUUAGUUUGCAACAGAAAAAAUAAAAAAAAAAGAAACUCGGGAGAUUCGUUUCACAGAGCACACGCAAUCACUGGACCCCAACCUUCACCCAAUCGUAUUCCUCCAUUUCAAUAGUACCUUCUUCUUCUGUUUCUGCUUCUUCUUUCUCCAAAGAGAUAGAGAUGCGAUGAGAUCUAUACCGUUGAGCCGGAGCUCUUACAGAUUCCAACAUCCGAAUCCGUUUCGAUCUCUUGAAUCGCUUCCUCUCCUUUCCGCUACUCGUCUCCGCGUCGUACAAUCUAGACCUCCCUCUUCCUUCAAGUUAAAUGUAGCAAGACAUGGAUGUAAUAGCAUGAUGGGACAUAGCUCUGUCUCAGUCAAGGCCUUUGAUGACGAUUCGUUUGAUUUGGAUUCUGGUGACAUAUUUGCUGCUGCAUACUCGAUUUCUUCUAGUGAAGGCGAAGAGAGCGAUGGGGAGUAUGGGCUCAAUGUGGUUACUGAAACAACCGCACAGAGGCUCGGAAAGUUUCCAAAAGGUCGUAAAAAGCACAGGAUCAGAUAUGGGAUUAAUUUAGGGCUUCUUGCCUUUUUGACGCCCCUGCUUUUGUUUAUGGACUCAUUUGCUUGGAAGAUUGUUAGACUGCCUCUCCCUCCCUAUUUCUUGACCCAGCCCUUCUUCACAUCCGCCAUUUUAGUCACCUUAGCAGGUUAUGUUUGUGUCCCCUUGCUAGACAGAAUGAAAGUGCAUGAGCCAAUCAGGAGACUAUGGCCAGUUACUCAUAGCCGCAGACAAACUAUCCCGACAAUGGGCGGUUUGUUCUUUGUUCCAAUAGGUGUUGUUGUUGCAGUUGUCAUGACUAGAUUCUCUUCUAUCGAAGUCGCUGGAGCAGCUGCUGUGACUCUAGUGUUUGCAGCGAUUGGUCUAGUUGAUGACUCUUUAAGCCUCUGCAGUGACAAUAGUAAUGGUUUAUCUGCAAAGAUGCAACUUCUUUUGGAGGGAGCGGUCGGGACAUGUUUUGCGUUUUGGUUGGAGAGGGCAAGCAUCUCAUCUCCUUAUGGCAUGAAAAUGUUGGUUCCUUUGCCUUCACCGUUAGGUCUCAUUUGCUUGGGAAAACUUUACCUAUUGUUGACAUCGUUCUACUUCGUUUCCAUGGGAAACUUAGUCAAAGCAACUGAUGGUCUUGAUGGACUGGCUGGAGGUGUUGCUGCCUUGGCUUUCGUUGCAAUGGCAAUAGUUGUUCUUCCUAUUUGCUCUGAUCUUUCUGUAUUUGGAGCUUCCAUGGCUGGAGCUUGCUUCGGGUUUCUACUUCACAACCGAUACAGAGCAUCUGUUUCCAUGGGAGGUACAGGAUCAUUGGCACUCGGUGGAGCUUUGGCUGCAAUGGCUGCUUGCUCUGGAAUGUUCUUGCCGUUGUUCAUAUCCUCUGGUGUUUCUAUCUUGGAAGCUGCUUCUGUUAUUAUUCAGGUAGCGUUUUACUCGGCGACUAAGCGUUUAAAGGGAAAAGGGCGUCGGGUUUUCAAAACAGUGCCGUUUCAUCAUCACCUAAGGCUAAGUGGUUUGAAGGAGCCAAUGAUAGUAACAAUGGCAUAUGUUAUAUCCUCUUUGCUCUCUCUUUCAGCAGCUUACGUAGGUCUUAUAUCUGCAUAACUUUCUUUUUUCUUUCCCUUCGGAUCUCUACACAGUUUUUUUUCUUUAAGAGAGAAAAGUGAAACGAAAAAAGUUGAUAUGAAAUGGACUGCCUACUAAAAAGUUUAUUAGGUGCAAACAUAUAUAGAGUUUGGUUCGUGUUUUAGUCGAUGGAAGCAGAGACUUUUACUCAUGAAUUUGCAAUCAUUUCGAAGAACGUGAAGUCACCGCGAGACACCAACGAUAAUGUGAUUAAC